AUGAAGGCAGCUUCGGUAUGGACGAGCAUCGUCCAAGUCUUCAACUUCUUCACCUUCCCUUCCCCCGGCGGCGACAGCGAUGUUUCUUCCCAGAAGCCUCUCAUCCCGCACACGGACCCUGAGCAGCCGCAAUUCGUGACAGCCAAGAUUAUUCCCAUCACCAAGAAUGAGUUUGGUGAGUAUUACCAUGGAGACAGGCUCAUGGUUCAGGAGUACUCCAGUGGCAUGGUCUACCAUCCUGAUGACUACAAGGAUGUGCCGCUCCGCACGGGCGGCGUGGAGAGGUCGUUUAUGUACAAGGAGCAUCCUAUUGUAGGGACGCCAAAAAAUGGUCAGGAGGGUGAGGAGGGGGGGUUGAAUUGUCAUUAUCCGUACAUGAAGAAUUGGCAGCCGUGUUAUGGGCCGGAGAACAGGACUUGUUGGUUGGAGGCUACGGAUGGGAGUGGGAAGAGGAUUGAUAUUGAUACGGAUUAUGAGAAUGCUUCUCUUGUGCCGUUUGGGAAGACGAGAUAUUACCACUUUGACAUAUCUGAGGAGCCGAUAUCUCCUGAUGGCAUGACGAUGGAGCAUGGGAAGGUCUUUCAGAGGAGGUAUCCCGGACCGUGGAUUGAGGCAUGCUGGGGCGAUACUAUCGAGGUGACAAUCAAGAAUAACCUCCGAUGGAACGGCACCUCGGUUCACUGGCAUGGCAUCCGCCAGUGGGAGACAUUCCAGUUUGACGGUGUCAAUGGCAUCACUGAAUGCCCCAUCGCACCAGGGGAGACCUUCACUUAUCGGUUCCGGGCACUUCAGUACGGAUCAGCCUGGUAUCACAGCCAUUACUCCCUCCAGUACGGAGACGGUCUUCUCGGCCCCAUCACAAUCUACGGCCCAUCAACCGCCCAGUUUGGAGCUAACGAGGCAUUCCGUCCCCUGCUUCUCUCCGACUGGAAUCACCGCAGCGUCUUUGAGGACUGGCCUCUGAUGAUGUCAACCGGUGUCGCUCCUGAAAUGACAAAUAUCCUGAUCAAUGGCACUGGCCAGUUUGGUUGGGGCCCCAAGCCAGAAAAGUACACCAUCUGGCUUGACGAAGGACAGGCGCACAUGUUGAUCUUGGUCAAUACCGCUGUUGAUACCACCUUUGUUUUUUCUAUUGACAACCACACCUUGGAGGUCAUUGAGGCGGACUUUGUUCCCAUCAAGCCGUACAACACGACACACAUCAAGAUUGGGAUCGGCAAGCGCUACCAUGUUCUUGUCCAUGGACACGAAAAUGGGUACAAGACCGAGAGAUACGGCAACUACUGGAUGAGAGCCACCCCUGCUCGAAAGUGCUCCAAGUUUGCGUUCGGUCCGGACGAGCAAAUGGGCAUUGUUCGGUACAACAGGACUAUGCCGCCCAGGGGCUGGCAAGACCCUCUCUCGGAGCCGUCUCUGUACGAUACCAUGUGUGCGGAUGAGCCCUAUGACAAGUUGGUGCCCUGGAGGCCGUGGACAGUGGGCGAUCCUGUCAAUAUCGAUCCCAAGGUUGAAGACCCGUACACGCUCCCGAACAACUCACAGUACAUCUUCAACGUCGGUAUGAUCAGCUCUGGCGGACCUAACAGCUCCAUGCCGUACAUCCCAAACGACAAAGCAUACACCCGCUGGAUGAUGCACGAAGCCCCCUUUCGCAUCAAUUUUUCCGACCCGACCCUCCUCGCCCUGGAUCGCAUCAAUGAGCUCAUCGACAAGCCCUACCUUGACGUGGUCACACUCCCCAAUGCCACCGAUGACCAAUGGGUCUGGAUGGUAAUCACGGCCCCAGACAAGAUCCCGCAGGAAGGUGGUAGAAUCUUCUUCCCUGCUGCUCACCCCAUGCACUUGCACGGUCACGACUUUGCCCUGCUGAGGCAGAGCAACAAGAACUGGUAUGAUGACUUGGAGAUUGGCCAUGAAGGGGAGGGGAGGUGGUUCACGCCGGAUAAGCUGAAUUGCAGGAAUGACAAGUUGAAGUGUGAUAACCCGCCUAGGAGGGAUGUGGUGCUGUUGCCGGCGACGGGGUAUGUGAUUAUUGCUUUCAAGGCGGACAAUCCGGGAAUCUGGAUUUUACAUUGUCAUAUCGCCUUCCAUGCCUCGUCCGGGUUGGCGAUUCAGAUUAUUGAGAACAAGGAGAGGAUCCCCGAGAUUUUGGGGAGGCACGGGGGCAGGGAGGCGAUUGAGGAGAGCUGUGAGAGCUGGAGGGCGUGGCAGAGCAAUCCGAUUAAUCAUUGGGAUUGGCAUCAUCCGGACCAUUUUCAGGAUGAUAGUGGUGUUUGA